AUGGAGGACGAGAAGAUCCGUCAGUACGGAUAUGGUGGUCCUCAGGUGGUCAAUUACGACGAUGAGGCUCCUCCGAUCAAAGGAGAGUUGGAGCUCAACGUUGGUGGCCGUGGUGCCACGCAACGGCGGCUGAAGAACUAUCAGGUCAGCAUGAUCGGGUUCUGUGGUGGAAUUGGCACAGGUCUCUUUGUGGGAACAGGCUCUGCGUAUGCGGACGCUGGCCCCGCUGGAUUGCUGUUGGCGUACAUCGUCAUCGGUUUUAUCCUGUGGUGCGUGAUGCAGAGUAUCGCAGAGUUGGCUACCCUUCUGCCCACAGCUGGAUCUUUCCCUCACUGGGCGACUCGGUUUAUCGAUCCCGCCGUCGGUUUCUCCCUCGCUAUCACAUAUGGUUAUUGUUAUACAAUUGCGAUCGCUUCCGAGGUUUCCGCUGCAGCAGUCAUUGUGAGCUACUGGUCUGACAUAACACCGGCCGUGGUCAUCACGGUUGGACUGGUGGCGAUUCUUGGCAUCAACCUGAUGAGCGUAAGCUUUUAUGGUCACAGUGAGGUCUUAUCCGGUGCCAUCAAGGUGCUCUGUUUUGUUGGAUUGGUUAUUGUCGCCAUUGUCAUCACCGCAGGAGGCGGGCCGAACCACGAAACCAUCGGUUUCCGCUACUGGCACCACGGCGGAGCCUGGACGAACUACAACGGCAUCACUGGCCCGACAGGACACUUUCUCGGGUUUUUGUCCGCCUUUGUCAACGCCUCGUUCAGUUUCGUCGGUGUUGAGACUGUCGUUAUUACCGCCGCCGAAUCGGUCGACCCUCACUAUUCCAUCCCCAAGGCUGCCCGCCGCGUGACCUACCGCAUCGCCUUCUUCUAUAUCCUUGGCGCACUGCUCAUCGGAAUGAUUGUGAGCCCGACCAACCCAAACCUUGUCUCCGGGUCCGGCAAUGCCAACAGCUCCCCGUGGGUCAUUGCCAUCAAGCAGGCAGGCAUCAGCGCCCUUCCGUCUAUCGUCAAUGUGUGCGUCCUCAUAUCAGCCUGGUCUGCGGGAAAUUCCUAUUGCUGGGUUGGAUCGCGCAUGAUUGUGGCCAUGACGACCGACCGCCAGUUGCCGCAGGUGUUUGGGCGGGUGAACAAGAUGGGUGUGCCGUGGGUUGCCGUCAUCGCCUCGUGGCUGUUCGGUCCGUUGGCCUAUCUGAGUCUCGGCUCUGGUGGUCCGUCGCAGGCUUUCACCUGGCUCCUGAACCUGAGCACUAUCGCUGGGUUGAUCGCGUGGGCGACACUUUCCUACUGCUACAUCCGCUUCCAUGCCGCCAUGAAAGCACAAGGCGUCAGCCGUGACACUAUCCCCUGGAAAUCGCCCUUCCAACCGUACACCGCGUGGGUUGGUUUCAUUGGAUCGACCAUCAUCACUCUGGUGGCUGGUUUCCCUGUCUUCCUCAAGGGUAACUGGUCAACGUCGGACUUCUUUGCCUCGUAUGUUGGCAUUCCGAUCUUCAUCGUGCCGAUUAUCCUCUGGAAGGUUUUCAAGCGCACGAAGUUUGUUCGGCUCUCCGAAAUAGACCUGUGGUCUGGCCGGUUGCAGGAAGGAGAGAUCAUCAUCAAGGAGGGCGGUCCCAAGACGCGGCUGAGACGCUUCGUGGAGUGGUUCUUUUAA